AUGAGAUUGCAAUACUUGUCUACACUUCUUUUUGCGUCGUCAGCUUUGGCAAAGAGUAGCGCUUCCAAAUCCUCGUCUAGUUCCAAGGCCGAAAGUACAUGGUCCUCGGAGUACAGCGUUCUGGAGUUUGAGAAUUUUGGAUUUGCAGGCACUUACCAAGUGGUUAGUUCGAUGAAGGAUGCUACCGAAGACAAUUACUGUGCCUGUGAGGUCAGUGAUGACAGAGUCUCUUUUAGUGGUACCAAUGCUCCACUUAACGAGGAGCUUUCCGUUCACAUAAGAGGACCUCUUUCUCUUCACAAGUUCGCCUACUAUGUCAGUGAAAAUUACGAGCGUUCCGAUUCUUCCUCCUCCAAGGAUUGGAGCAGACUAGCCUACUACGACUCCAGUUCUCAGACUGCUGAAAACGUUACAUUUAUGGGAAAUGUUGGUACCAAUAAGACGUGUCUUGGUAAGGCCCUUGGUUAUGUUGAUGAGACUGGUUUGACGGAGACUUCGGACUCUACCAUUUUGGAGAAAGACAAUAUGGUUUACUCUGACGAAGAGUAUGCCAUUUUCUCCAACAUCAGUUGUGAAGAUUCCGGACUCAGUAACGAUUGUGGUGUGUACAGGUCGGGUAUUCCAGCGUUCCAUGGUUUCUACGGCACCACCAAAAUGUUUCUUUUUGAGUUUGAGGCUCCAGAUGACACCACUACAGACGAAAACACCACAAGUUACAACAUGCCUGCCAUAUGGUUGCUGAAUGCUCAGAUUCCCAGGACUGCUCAAUAUCCAAUCAACUCUUCCUGCUCGUGCUGGAGUUCUGGAUGUGGAGAGUUUGACAUCUUCGAGGUGAUGAACUCCACUGAAUCAUCUAGAUUUUACUCCACCAUCCACGAUUUCCAGGGAAUCUGGGAUAUUGGAACUGGAAUUCCGAUCCAAGGAUACUUGGAGAGAACUCCCGGCUCCAAGAUGUCGGGAGGUGUUGUAUUUGGUUCUGACGGUGCGGCAACUGUGUUUUUGUCAAACUCAACCUCAUUUAACUCUUCCAUCUCCGUGACUGACCUGGAUUCCUGGAUUAAAGGUACUGAAAAGGUGGAUACUCUCCUGACCAUCUCGGCUGCCUCCUCGACAACUACAACUUCGUCAUCAUCGAAGGGUGAUUCCGGCCACAUCAACCCAAGCUGGUUGUCUACAGUGAUUGCUGGUUGCUUCCUGAUGUUCGGAAUGUAA